AUGGCUUCAAACCCUACUGGUCCAGGUGCAACACCACCUGGAACACUACCCGCCUCUGCCACUGUUCCAAAUACGACAUGGAAUAGCAAUGCACAUCUACCAAGCCCUACAACUGUCAACUCCCGGAAUCCUUACACACCAUCCAAGACCGUUGGGAAUGCCUGGGAUCACGUCCGAUACGUCCCUCCAUGGACGGAUCCUGACUGGCAGGAUGAGGGGCAGCAGCGAGAUCGGACAGACUUCAAGAUCGUUGACUUCUUUGAUAAAAUACGCCCUGCUGUUCAUCCCAAGGACCAGUACAAACAGCCAACAAAAUACGCCCAGCGGUUCAGCAUCUUUCCCGGUCGACUUGAUGGCCGUUCGAGGACAUCGCCGACUCGAGCCAACAGCAGGAAGCUAUUCCCCGCUACUGCGGAUAUCAAGACAGGGAAAGACUUGUUCGAUAGUCUCGACUACUCGGCAGCACAGGACGGUAAGACUAUCGAUGAGUACAUGGCCAGUGCAAGGCCGGAUAUGCAACGGGGGACGGAAACCGAGCAGCGGUGCAUGCAACAGUAUGAGGACUUGAUCCGCGCCGAGGAGUAUCUCACAAUGCAGGAUGUAUAUUUCGAAGGCCUCUCUGGACCAAUCCACCCCCUGUUCGAUCGACACAUGUGGGCGGAUACGACCGACUUUGGGAAAGACCCGGCAACCCCACGAUAUGUGUAUGGCCUCGAUGGCCUGCGGGAGGAAUGGGAUCCAAGGACAAACGACCGGUUAUGGAAUGCGAUGCAGCCGGCUCUUCAACUUGCUACUCGUAUGCUUCUUACCAAUGACCCCUGCAUCGUCGGCCUACAGGAUAUCACCAACAGGUACAGAGUUCCCGAUCACCUCUACAAGAAUCGGACAGGUCAGGAUCCCAACGAAGUGAAAUUCAAGAUCAAAUCAAACCAGCAACCCCUCGACCCGGAACGCCUCCAGAGUGCUCAGCGGCUGCAGAGCUGUCCUGGGUUUUCGGCCCCAGCCGUAAGCCAGCGAGCUCUUGAAAGAGUUAUGGAUCUGAAGCUCCAGAGUGCGUUUUACUCGAGCGGCGGUAAGUACAUGGACCACUGCAUCGCCCGCACAUUCAUGCAUGGGGUCGCAUCGCCGGAUGGCCCCAUCAAAGUCACGAUCGAUGCCGAGUUGCUUUGGAUGGUCAUGUCGGACAAGUAUAGCAAAAGCGAGAAGAUGAUGGCCAGCCUUGUGUUUGCUGCUGCGCUGGUACAUGAGAUGAUGGAUUUUGGGAUUACGGAUCCUGCUGAGGUCCAAGCCUGCGAGGAUUUAUGGGAUGACCUCUGCCCAGAGGACAAAUGGCCGAAAGAACCCUACUAUAACGACGACCCAUGGAAUGAAGCUGGUCAUGCCUUUGAGCACCAUGUGCUGGGCGGUGCCUAUUGGGGGUUCAUCAACGCCAAUCAGGGCUAUGUGUGGCCUCGACUGCUCCAGAGUUCUGCGCCCAUGAUAGUAAGGUGUCUGUGGCCUACGGGCGCGUACAAUUGUCCGCCUCAUCUAACUGCUCCCCAUAUGCGUAUGGAGCAGCUGAGCCAUUUCAUUCGCAUCGAUGAUGUCCGACCCUUCUUCAGUCAAGGCUUCUGGGACGUCUCCGUCAGGAAGUAUGGUGCAGCAGCCUUGAGGGAGCCGUCUGAACGACCCCACAAGAUCAACUACAACCCGGCCUCAGUAAUUCUAGCACCCGGCAUGUGGAACAUGGCCAACCUAGGGACUCAUGCAGACAGGGAUUGGGUGCUCUACGACUUUCUCGACUGGCUUCAUGAGAAGGGCAAAGCUAUCCUAUAUGCAUAUUUUACAGCCCUUGUCCAGGACGCCAUCGAGUUUGGCUCUCUACUUUGGAGAUUGCGAGAAGAAAGCAGAGGAUGGAGCGAGCGUGAUGCGAAAUGGGCAGGACUUCAAGGGGAAGCACUGAUGCUGAUUUACGAGUAUGCCGGCUUCACCAUAAUGACCAACGCUGGGAGGAACGCCACAUCUAACCUUCCACCAGACAAGAUUGCUGAUCUGACAGACCUGUAUAAUGCAUGGGAUGGGGUCAGGCGACGCCUUGGCAGGUGUCCCGAUGACGAGUCUACCAUCUGCGCAGGCAUGGGCCCCGAGUUCUGGCGCAUCCAGAUGCUGGCUACAAGCAGGGAUCGCUACGAGGGACGUCUGGUGCCCAAGCUCAUCGACUUGACUCGCCGUCUGAUGGAUGAAUGCGCGUGGUUAGAAAAUGUGGUGUGCGAAUUCUAUCAACUCCCUUUCUCAUAUUGGACGGCCUACAGGCGAAGAGCUCCCAAUCAAGCCGGACAGAUAGCGACCCGAGCAAAAAGGAUUGUGUCUGCUCUGGGGGACCUGCUUACGGCAAUGGGACUCGCCGAAUUCGAUAUGCCAACGUGGGACAGAGAGUGGGAAAAUCGGCUGAUUGCGCUUGGAGCGAGAUUCAUGACCGUCGCAAGGCUGAUAGUCUUGAACCCGCUCAAAUAUGAGAAGACCUGGCGUGGCCUCUUGCCGUCGAUGCCUGCGUUGCGCAAAACUAGUCAGAAGCGACAUCAGGUGUGGUACUUUCUGGCGAAGAAGGAGAUGUUGAGCAUGGAGGGCGAAGUCCUCGACAAGGUGCGGGAGUUUAAGAAUCGGUACGAAAACCUGUUGCACCUAGGAGGUUCCAAGGUCAUACUCCCUGAGCAUGACCCGGAUGAGCUCGCGUUGGCACAGAGAUGGGCUGGGACACUUGAUGAUGAGGAUGGCAAUACCGGGCAGGGAAACCCCCUUGCCAGGCCUUCCACGGGUAUCUUCGACGCCCAAGGGGUCGAUGACCUGGUCCGUCGUCUUCAGCAACAGGCCCAACAGGCCCAGUAUGACAAGCUUAAGCGCGCACAAGCCAGCGGCCAGUCUCCGACACUUUCGCAAGAUGCGGCAUCUCAGGCUACGCAGGCACCCAGCAUCCCGCCCAAGAUACAGCAGAUGGGGAUGGGGACCCAGACGGCACCGUUUGGCAACCUACAACUGCCACCCAAGAGUGCGUUUGCCUCUUAUCAUUCUUCACCAGCGGGCUCUGCUUUCCCUUCGCACACGCCUGGCGCUCCAUCUGCUUGGGUAGCAGGCAACUCGACCACCCUAGCACAGCAAGUCAACAAGCCUCUUGGUGCUCCACAGACUCUGGGGGGUGUUCGUGGGACGUCUAUCUCAGGGUACGGCAUCCUACCACACCCGUAUGCUGUCCGAGAGACAGUCACAAGCGAUCUCACCAAUACAGCGCAGACGACUUUUCGGUACAGCAAUCCCAGCGCUUUUGCUCAACAUGCUCCUCGACAAGGCGGUACGUCUCAGGGGUAUCGGCAGGGGGCUGGGCCUCUCGGCGACAUGGACCAGAUGUGGGAACAGCAGAAAGUUGGGACCAACACAGAUGGUCAGACGGCAGGCCAGGACGAUGAUAGUGAUAUAGAGAUGGCGGACGCUAACCGCGCAGGCGCAUUUGUUAUUGAGAUCAGCAGCGACGACUUGAGUUCGUCAGCUGGCGAUGACGACGACAGAUCGGAGAGGGAGGGCGGUGAGUCGACAAGCGUGGAAUCUUGGAGUGAAGAUGAAUUCAAGGCUGGUGCCGGGCCAAGGGCUCGGCAGAGUCUGAAGCCACGGCAGAGUUUUAAGCGCAAGGCCCCUUGGAUGGUUCCCAAUCCGAGACAGCCGUGGUUGACUCAGGGGGGAAGCCAGAGGAAGAGGAGGAGACUCUAA